CCAGCCCGCCAGGAAGGGCAGGGGAGGGCUCAGGGCUUAGGCUCACAGUCUCAGGGCCCGGCCCAGCGACCACACAGGCACCUGCCGGCUCGCAUGGAAGUGGUGGCGGGACGCCUCCGGGCGCGGAUGUGGCCUGCUGCUGACCGGCCUGGGCUACAUGGACAGUGCCACUGCGGGCACCUCUGGGCCCUGCUGCGCCCCACCCUGCCGCUGCCACACCUGCCGCUGAGAAGUCCCGCCCUCGCCCUCGCCCUCGCCCUCGUCCUCAUCUGCCAUGGCCUCCUCUGCCCGGCCCAGGACCAGCCCUGUCGCUUAAGCCCCCUGCCCCCUCCAGGACUGGCUGUUCCCUGAUGGGGUAACGUGACAGAGGCCCAGCGGCAAUCCCACCCCAAAGCUCCAGAGUCGGUUCAGCUUAAUUUCGUUUCCUCUGGUCCCGGGAGGGGUGGGGCCCCUCUGGGUGCAGCGACUGCCCCUUUGCUCAUGCGGGGAGUCUGUCCCCAGCCAGGAGCUCAGCGCCUGACGCUGGUGCGGCCAGACUCGCGUUAGGUUACUGAGUGUUCUUUGCCGAGUUUUUGGCGGUGGUCGCUUUUAUUUCUGCCCCUUAGAGUCCUCCAGCCAGGCGGUUAGAAGUAGCUGCCUCUCCUCUUUCUGGGAUUCACGUUCCCUCUCCCGGCAGGGGCAGCUCCUACCCUUCCCCGCGUGUUCGCACAUUUGUGCGGGGUGCAGGGGGUAGGUUUCAAGCACAGGGAUAUCCCCCCCAGUGUUGGGGGCUGGUGGCGUUUCUCUGUGUCCCCAGCCCCCUCUGCAGCCCCUUCCCGCUGGCCCACCCUCUGGGGAGGAGCCAUGGCGCGGAUGAACCGCCCCGCCCCGGUGGAGGUGAGCUACAAGAACAUGCGCUUCCUCAUCACUCACAACCCCACCAACGCCACCCUCAGCGCCUUCAUCCAGGACCUGAAGAAAUACGGGGCCACGACCGUGGUGCGCGUGUGUGAAGUGACCUACGACAAAGCCCCGCUGGAAAAGGACGGCAUCACCGUUGUGGACUGGCCGUUCGACGACGGGGCGCCCCCGCCUGGCCGGGUGGUGGAGGACUGGCUGAGCCUGCUGAGGGCCAAGUUCUGUGACGACCCCGGCAGCUGCGUGGCUGUGCACUGCGUGGCAGGCCUGGGACGGAAGCGUCGGGGAGCCAUCAACAGCAAACAGCUCACCUACCUGGAAAAGUACCGGCCCAAACAGAGACUGCGGGUUAGGGGCCCGCGCGCGCACAGGGCGCGCUGCUGCGUCAUGUAGGCUCGCAGCCUCGCCAUGCCGGGGUCUGGCCCCCUGGCCCAGUUCCCGUCCAUGCUGCCGGCUUGUGCACCUGCGUCCAGGGCGUCUCGCCGGCUGCGGAGCCACUGUGCUGUCCAUCUGACUCUCUGGGACUAGCUGGGCCCCCUGGCCCUGGACCUCCUGCCAGCCCCUCCCACACCGUCCCCGGGGCAGGUCUCUGCCUGCUCACUGUGGGGUGGGAGAGACCAUUCUAACCAUUGGACCCGGCUAUCCAAGGACCCUCACUCUGCCCUGUUGUUAUGGGGUCCUGGGACAGCCAGGCAUUCUGGACACCAAUGGCAAUAAAACUGGGGCCCUGGC